AGAGAGAGGGCACAUCCAGUCACCCUCCCCUCCCUCCACGAGCCACGAGACCCGUCCUGCGGCACGGGCAGCUUCAGCUUCAGUCCAAGUGGCCAUUUCAUUUGGGGGGGCAUUUAGCGCGAGAGAGGGCAAGAGAAUGGAGGUUCCACGCGUGGGACACAGCGUGAGCAGCCCCACCAGCCCCUGCGAGGACAUGAUGAAGAACCUCAGCCUGGACGCGAUCCAGCUUUGUGAUCGAGAAGGAAAUAAGUCCCAGGACAGUGGCAUUGCCGAGAUGGAGGAGCUUCCAGUUCCGCAGCACAUCAAAAUCAGCAACAUCACCUGCGACUCCUUCAAAAUUUGCUGGGACAUGGACUCCAGGGCCAAGGAGCGCAUUACGCACUAUUUCAUCGACCUCAACAAGAAAGAGAACAAGAAUGCCAACAAGUUCAAACACAAGGAUGUGCCCACUAAGCUGGUAGCGAAGGCCGUGCCACUGCCCAUGACGGUGAGGGGACACUGGUUCCUAAGCCCCCGCACCGAAUACACUGUAGCAGUGCAGACUGCAUCUAAACAGGGUGACGGAGACUACGCCGUCUCCGACUGGAGCGAGAUAGUGGAGUUCUGCACAGCCGAUUACUCCACGGUCCAUCUCACGCAGCUUCUGGAGAAAGCGGAGGCCAUCGCAGGCAGAAUGCUCUGCUUCUCUGUGUUCUACCGAAACCAGCACAAAGAGUACUUUGACCAUGCAAGGGAGGCCCAAAACAACAAGAUGCUGCCAUCGGUGAAGGACAACAGCGGGAGCCAUGGCUCGCCUAUCAGUGGGAAGCUAGAGGGCAUUUUCUUCAGCUGUAACACCGAGUUCAACACAGGCAAGCCACCACAGGACUCUCCAUACGGCCGCUACCGCUUCCAGGUGCCAGCCGAGGUGCUCUUCAACCCUGGCACCAACCUGUACUUCGCCGACUUCUACUGCAUGUACACGGCCUACCACUACGUCAUCCUGGUGCUUGCACCACGUGGCUCACCGGGAGACGACUUCUGCAAGCAAAGGCUCCCCCUGCUGGACAUCGCUGACAACCGCUUCCUGACAUGCGUGCAGGACGAGGAUGGGCGCCUGACCUUCCGCCACGCUCAGGACCUCAUCCUGGAGGUCAUCUACACGGACCCAGUGGACCUGAGCCUGGGCACGGUGGCAGAGAUUAGUGGUCACCAGCUAAUGAGCCUGUCCACAGUCAAUGCCAAGAAGGACCCCAGCUGCAAAACCUGCAACAUCAGCGUGGGCCGCUAGCCAACCCACUUGACCUUCAACCCCUGGACGUCUCAUUCAACAUCUUGUAUUUCCCCAUCCCACCCCUUUUUCCCUGAGGUCUCUUCUCCAACCCACCCAUAAUCUCCCUUUUGGGGCCUGAAGGUUCUCCACAGCAGUUGUUCCCAACCCUGGUCCUGGAAGGUCCCUGCCCCGCACAUUUUGGUGUUUUUCCCGCUCAGCCACACAUAUAAAUUGCAGUGGGAAUGGGGGACACUUUUCAGAAUCCAAAAUUUUUGUCCCCUCCCAUUUUCCAAGUUAGUUAGAGGUUGUAUGGGAAAUUGCUAAACGUGGUAAACUCUUCAUGGCCAACUGUAAUAACUCAAAUUUUUAAACUGUAAGUGAGAGUGGUAAGAGUAAAACGUUUUUUGUUUUUCCUCUUGGAAAGUAAAAUGGAAGUAAAAAGGACUCAGUAUUCACUUUCAAUAGUACUCGAGUACAGUAAAAACCUUCCAAAAUAAUACAUAAAUAUAGUAACAAAGCACAAAUACUACAAGUAUUUUCCACCCAUUUGUGUCGAUCAGUCUGCUACACUUAUUUCCAUGGUUACACUACACUUGUUUCCCUGGCUACACUAAAGAUUUCUAAGAACACACAACCCAUUACUGGCUAAAUGCUAUUAUGGUGUAGAUGAAGAGGCAAAGAAAUUGCCGCAUCUUCAAAACUAUCAAGCAUGAAACAAAGAAAGGAGAUGUACAUCAUUUGCUGAGAGGAUAAUCAUUUCUGUCAGCAAUAACUUCAAUAACUUUACAGUACUGUCCAAGUUCAUAGUGCCCCUAAUGUUUAAUUUUCCUGCAUAUAACAUGUUUUCCACACAUGGGACACAUAUCUACAUGCUUAAUUGGAGUUUUUUGGGAGGGUAGUUUUCAGCCAUGCUAACUUAUUACAUCCACAGGCUAAUGACAGGCUUAUGUCUGUCGGACAAUUUUGAUGCCCACUAUUUUGUGGCGCUCCUUCAAGAAAUGUCAAAUUGGUUUUGAAAUAAUAAUAAUAAUAAUAAUAAUAAUAAUAAUUUUUAUUGAUACAGCACUUUUCAUGCUGGUGGCAGCUCAAAGUGCUUUACAGACAGGUAAUAAAACAUAGUCAUACAAGUCCAGAUGUUACAUUCAGUUUGUUCUCACCCUAAUAAUCUACAUUCCCACCCACUUUGAACCAAAAUUUUCUCAUGGUUGUCCCCAGACGUUCUCUUUAUGAGAUCACGUCUGGCCCUGCGAGACCACUUGCGCACUAGGAGCAUAACGAUGCACGUAUUUUCAUGUUCAAUUCUGAGGUCGAGAGUUAGUAAGAUUUUUAAAAAUGUUAAA